UGGAUAAGCAUAAAACGUGGUCGUUUCAUACAGCUCGUAUAAAACCCCAUUCUUCAAAAUAAAACCUCCUUUGAUUGAAUGAUUGACUCAGUUUUUGUUUCUCUUUCCUCCUCCUCCUGGUUUCGCUGUGCAAAGUCAGCACGAGAAUAGCCUUUCGAUCUUCAAAAGGUUGAAAGAACCGCGAAAAUCAUAAAGCUUUUGAUCUCCGAUUAAAGUAAUUUAUUCAUUGGGUGAAUGGCGUCUUCUUCGGAUGCAUGGGUGAGAGAGUACAACGAGGCUUUAAAGCUAUCAGAGGAUAUAAAUGGCAUGAUGUCAGAAAGGAGUUCGUCGGGUUUAACGGGGCCUGAUGCUCAACGUCGCGCUUCUGCAAUCCGAAGAAAGAUCACCAUUUUGGGCACCCGCUUAGACAGUCUGCAAUCCCUUCUCGUUAAGGUUCCUGGGAAGAAGCAACAUGUGUCAGAGAAAGAGAUGAAUCGGCGCAAGGAUAUGGUUGGGAAUUUGAGAUCAAAGGCGAACCAGGUGGCAUCUGCCUUGAACAUGUCGAACUUUGCAAACAGAGACAGCUUGCUUGGGCCUGAGACAAAGCCGGAUGAUGCAAUGAACAGAGUCUCUGCCAUGGACAACCAAGGCAUUGUUGGAUUCCAACGACAGGUUAUGAGAGAACAAGACGAAGGGCUCGAGAAAUUGGAGGAAACGGUCAUGAGUACCAAACACAUUGCUCUCGCUGUCAAUGAAGAGCUCACUCUGCAGACGAGGCUUAUCGAUGACUUAGACUACCAUGUGGAUGUAACCGACUCACGCUUACGGCGUGUGCAGAAGAGCCUUGCGGUGAUGAACAAGAGCAUGAAAGGCGGUUGCUCGUGCAUGUCCAUGCUCUUGUCAGUGCUUGGAAUCGUUGGGCUUGCUCUUGUGAUUUGGCUGCUGGUCAAGUACUUGUAAUGCCAAUAUGAUGAUUACUUAUGAAAGUUUAUCCUCUUAUUUCCUCUAUGCGAAUGGUUGUUAUCUGUUUCCUCUUUUGUGCUCUUGGCUUUUUCUUCCCUUCCUUUGAUUCUUCUUCCGCUGUGACACAAAGAAGAAAAUCGCUGCGUGAACCCUUAGAAAAAAGAAGUACAUAAUCUGUAUUUGACGAAUUGUAAUCAAAGUUGUCAUUUGUCUCUAUAUAUUGCUCCCACCUGGUUCAAGAAAAAGCUGUAUUACUAUCUAUCUUUCAUCUGCAGAUUAAUUAAGAACUUGUGGCUUGUACGAUGC